UUCUCUACUGGAGAUGAGAUAAUAGGGGAGGCUCUCAUCACUGCCACUGAUGACUUCCGCAUUGACGAUCUCGACAUUUCGUUUACGGGAUACUCUCAGACCAGCUUUGACAGCAUCGCUGCCUCUCUACCCUCCACAACCGAGAAGCGAUUUCUGCACCUUCAACAACCAACUGAAGCGUCAAUAUGUGGCAGUGUCCUCAAAGCAAACCAUACCUAUACCAUCCCAUUCAAAUUCAUUGUUCCGGAUCGGCUUUUGCCGAGCGCAUGCUCAUGCAAAACCUAUGAGGACCAUCUCGUAUUGCCACCUACCGUAGGCGGCGAACAAUGCUGGAAACGACAUGGGAAGAUUCUGGAUGACCCGACGCCAGAGAUGGCAAAGAUAUCAUACAAAAUCACGGCAACGUUAGCGCAUAGGGACCGCUACAAUCACAAAAGUAUUACGCGCUCCUCUCGAGCCGUGUGCGUUAUUCCAAACUUUUUCGAGGCCCCUCCAUUGAUCCCAAGUACUGCAUCCGAGUACCGCUUUCGCCAGGAGAAACCCAUUAGUCGGGGCCUUUUCAUGGGUAAGUUGGGCCAUGUCGUAAUGGAAGCACACCAACCGAACGCUCUCAAAUGUGGAUUACUUAGGCCUGGAUCGCCGGCCUCGACGACACUGAUUCUCCGAUAUGACCCUUCUUCCGAAAAUUGUACUCCACCAGUGCUCGACAACAUCAAGAGGAAGAUCCAGGCUGUCACUCUUUUCCAGGGAGGGCAAACAUAUGUCGCAGACAAGAAAACCCCACAGAACUUACUGCGUCCAUAUCACGAAACAAUGUCGUUGUCUGCACUCUGUGUUUCUGGGAUGCGAUGGCAGAAGCUCUCGCCAACAUGGGCUCACGAGCAAUUGCUUCAUGGAGAUACUCCAUGUCUUCCUACACCUUCAAGCGGAUACACCGGAGGUGUGUACUACUUGCUUAGACUGUCAUUGCCGGUUGAACUCCCGGAAAGCAAAGCUCUUGUUCCCACUUUCUAUUCUUGUCUUGUGUCUCGCUUUUACCGCAUGGAAAUCUCCCUCGCGCUUUCUACUACUUCCUCGUUGUCUGUGUGUGUACCGCUUCAGCUCUGC